GCCACAUACGAGUCGGCCAUAUUAGAGAGAUGGAAAUAAAGCUUCCUUAAUGUUGCAUAUGUCUUUGAAGUACAUCAGUGCAUUUUCUUUUUUAGCAUCCAACCAUUCCUCCCUUGUGGUCCUUGGUCCCUCAAUCACCCUUCCCCACAGCCCACCCGCCUAACAUCACAGUCUCUGAAAAUGCACAGGGCUGCCUGGCUACCUCGCCCUGCCUUCAGUCUCACGGGGCUCAGUCUGUUUUUCUCUUUGGUGCCCCCGGGGCGGAGCAUGGAGGUCACAGCCCCUGCCACUCUCAGUGUCAUCAAUGGGUCUGACACCCGCCUACCCUGUACCUUCAACUCCUGCUACACCGUGAACCACAAGCAGUUCUCUCUAAACUGGACUUACCAGGAGUGUAGCAACUGCUCAGAGGAGAUGUUCCUCCAGUUCCGAAUGAAGAUCAUUAACCUGAAGCUGGAGAGGUUUGGAGACCGGGUAGAGUUCUCGGGGAACCCCAGUAAAUAUGAUGUGUCAGUGACUCUAAAGAAAGUGCAACUAGAGGACGAAGGCAUUUACAACUGCUAUAUCACCAACCCUCCGGACCGCCAUCGUGGCCAUGGCAAGAUCUACCUGCAGGUCCUUCUGGAAGUGCCCCCAGAGCGGGACUCCACGGUCGCCGUUAUUGUGGGUGCCUCAGUGGGGGGUUUCCUGGCUGUUGUCAUCUUGGUGCUGAUGGUGGUCAAAUGUGUGAGGAGGAAAAAAGAGCAGAAGCUCAGCACGGACGACCUGAAGACCGAAGAGGAAGGCAAGACGGAUGGCGAGGGCAACGCGGAAGACGGCGCCAAGUAACCGGAAGCCCGCCCUGAAGCCCCUCCCUGUGCCUGUCUCCUCUCACUCUCUGCCCUGUACAGUGUGACCCCUGCCUGCUCUCUCUUGGUGUGCUUCUCUCGACUAGGACCCCAGGGUCGACCUGGGACCUCACUUCCCAUGCCCCCACUCCCAUACCAAGGGUGACCUCCCUCCCUUUCAUCUGAAAACUGCCUUGGUAUCUGAGAUAUGCGAGUCCCAGGGAAAACAGAGAAGGGCUCUAGCCUGUCAGCCUUUGAGGAAGAAAGAUGUGUGUGUGGUCCCAAAGACAAGAUGGGGGGAGGGAGGGCAGUGGGAGAAGAGGUCGGCUGCCCACCCUGUUAGGAUUUGGUCUGCUGGCGGCUUAAACUCUAGGGAGUAGCAGUGUGUGUGUGUGGUGGAGGGGAGAGGAGGGGGUAGUUCUGUGCUGACCAGAGGCACCAUGGGAAUGACUCCUGAUGAUGGCUUUGCUCUAUUCCUCUGGCUACUCCCAACCCGGAACAGCCAUCAGCUGGGGACGAAGGUGGGCUCCUACCAUUUGUGAAAGCAUUAUUUAAAGGGAUGACUGUACAUUUCCAGAGCACUCAAGGAAAGGUAGGGCUGAGGCAUUUCCGGACAGGAGCCUUGGCCCAGAGAACUCUGUUCUGGCCUUGUUUCUAUCACUAGCCACUCCCAGAGAGGCUCUGGUUUACGAUUGGCUACCGCUCCCUUGGGGAUGCUGGCAAGAGCGCUACUUGAAAAGCGGCAUCAGGUAGGAUGAUAUCCUACUCCAGGGCUGCUCCUUAGGAGACCUGUGAGGGACUGAGGGGUGCGGACUUCACUGCAUACAUGUGGCUGCCUUCUUAAACAAGAUAAUCACCUUGGCCUCAGCUAGCAGCCUUCAAACCUCAGAACUGGAGUGUGUUUGGGGAGGCGGGGCGGGGCUGUGUAUAGGGGCAACUUCCUGCAGGGCUUUAGUUUGAGGGUUUCUAGUUGCCCUUGGCAGGGUUUCUGCCUGGCUUUAGGCAAGAAGGAAGGGAAGGCUGGAGCGCAUGAAAUAUGAGAGCAUGCUGGUGGAGCAUCUGAGCCCUACCCCCCCUCCACCCCAACCCCCGCCCUGAACUUCCUUUGUAAGGGGAGAAAGUCUCUCCUGUGGGAGACCAACUUUCACUGCCGUGUUACUAUCAUUAUAAGGGACUUAAGUCCAGAGACAUUUUACUAUCAUUAUAAGAAACUUGUUAUAAGUCCAGAGAUGGGAGAAAGGGAGGGCAGAAAGCUAAUCGGAGAGUAUCAUGUUGGGACACGCUCAGAGAACUGGCACAGAGCCUCCUGCAGAUGGGGAGACUGAAGUUCCAAGUGACCAGACAGAAGCUGAAAGUAUUGCCCAUGUUCUGGCUCCUUGGUCCCCAAUUAGAAUAAACAGAGCUUCCUGGCAGGAGACCCUUAAGCCCAGGAGGUGUUUGGACGUGGUAGUGGGUGGGGUUCAUCUAGCCCCACGCUUCUUCCAGGAACUCAGUCCCCACAAGCUCAGGGAGUUAGCUGUUCAGGGUCGGGAAAGAGUGGUAGAGACAGAACCAAGACAGUCUCAGGGACCAAUACUUGCCUCUGCUUAUCAGAGACAAUAGCCACUCAAGGAGACCAAUGGGAGUAGGUGGAAGGUUCAGCUUAAUUCACUUCAAUCCAACAACAAUUUACUGAGUUUAUGCUGUACUCCAGGCACCGUGCUUCGUGCCAGGGGUGCAUACAAAGCCAUACCAGGGUCAGGGACUGCCAAAUCCGCACUGUAGGACCAAGAUUCAUUUGUUUUUUUGGUGCAUCUACUUCCACUCCAUAACCACUGCUUCUACAAGAGAGGCAGAAGGAUGAGACUCUAGAAUCUGGGGUUUGGGAAAGUAAGAGUACAAGGGAAGGGGAAAGGUACUGUUGGGAAGGGUACAGGGGUUACGUACGUUGGGCACGGAGUAAGGGAUGGGUAACCAGCCAGAGAACUCCUGGGUAGGGUAAAUCUAACCUUUCUGGAAGUUCUAAACUCUUUGGUUCAGUACCUAACUGCCAAACAACACACUGCCAAUGGGAGUGAGCUAAACCCCGGGGAUGCCCGGAGCAGGUGGGCACUGCCUAUUCUCCAAGCAAGCCAACUAGGAGUAGAGUGAUGAGUCGUGGGCUCCUCAAGCUAGCUGAAGCCAAGGGUGGUGGUGUAUAGUUCUGCAGCGGGGAGUGGCCAGUUUUCAUCACCUGGCAUGUGCCCUCUUCUUUCAUGGUGCACAGACAAGGGACUUUGCUUUUGUGAAGUCUCCUAACAUUUUGGGGCAAUGGUUACUUAUGAGAUCCCCCAUAGGGUUGUAUUAAUAAGCUGACUCUUAGAGAAGUAAAGUUUCUUGGGUUUUUUUUUUUUUUUCUGUCCUGACAAAAUGGGGUCCAGGGAAAGCGAUGCCUGUCUCCGGAUCUCAUGGGCUGGGUCAGGAGCCAUUUCUGCCCCAGCUACUUGCCCUCAUUUGCACUUUCUUUUGGAGCCACUUAGACCCUCCUCCAGGGUCUCUGGGCUCCAGGUUGGGAACAAAACUUGGCUUCUGUGAGGUGGGGUGGGAAACUGAGAUGUUCCUACUGGGGCUGUUGCUCAAGCUUGCUUCUUAGCUUACGCCUGCAAACUGCUCUCUUGCCGCAGAGUGGGCUCUGAGCUCUGCUCCUGGCUGUAUGCUCCCACCACUGUGCUCCCAAUCUCUCCUGCCUCUCCCGCUCUCCCAGAACCCCCUCCUCACAUCCCACCUGCCUCUGCCUCCUAAUUAAGGGCCACUGCAAAGAAAAAGACUGGCUGGCUAACCUGUGGGGUUCAGCUCAUGAGAACAAAGCACAAUACUUCAGGACUGAAAAUGCCUUGCGGUGCCUUGGAACUGGCUUUGGAAGUCGCUGUCUGCCCCUCCAGCUACGGGACUCGUCGACGGUCGAGUCCCACUUUAUCAAAUGGGAAAAGCUGAUUGGGUCUACAUUUCCCUGUGAGUCUCCUUGGGAAAGUUGGGCUGCUGCAUACCUACAAGAUCAGGUUAAGCAGGUAGACAGGUGGAGAUACCGACCAGGUCCAAAGAGGUUAGUCCCAGGCCAUGAAAAUGGCUUGGUGCAGUUGGAACGGGUGACAAAUUAAGAAAGCUUUUUUCCCCUACAUAUGUCUUAAGAAUGGACAGCCUUGCCGUGCCUCUCGUCGACGUCUUCCUUUAUUAAGGCUUGCCGAUGCUAUUGUACAUAGCCUUUCUAUAUAGGUAGAGAUAUAUUAUAUAUACAGAUAAAACAUCUCACUAUGCCCACUCCGAGCGUUACACUGUGUGUGUGUGUGUGGGGGGGGGGUUGUAAUCACUUCUCGUUGUUUCCGAGUACCAAAGGUUCAUUAUGGAAUGUUCUUUAUGCUUUUUAAGGGAGAACCCAACAGCAUUAGCAAAUACUUCUGCAGGCCUAGGUUCUACCUCCCGUUUGGUGGUUGGGAGGGGAGAGAAGCUUAAACAAUUGGCCUUCUGUGACCUGACUGCUGGGAGCAGGCUGAAUUUCUUUAGCAGUUUGUCAGAUUGCUUGGAUCUAUUGGCUGCAAUAAACACACUGUCUCCCCCGCA